GAGGGCCAGACGGUGCCGCGAGUUCGGUGUGUGUGUGUGCGUGUGCGCGCGUAUGCGCUCGCGUGGGGUGGCCUUUACGGGUGCUGAGGUAAGAGGCAAGCGAGGUUUGCCCUUCGUGUAUUGGGAAGACAGGGAGGACCUCGAAGCAGGGGUAAAGGUGAAUUGCGGGCCUCGGGAGGCCUUGGAGGAGGAGGAGGCCUAAUGGGCUGGGAUGCUUGCUAGAGAGGAAGGUCGGGCCUGAGGUGGCAAGGAAUUAGAAUAGUGGGCUGACUAGGCCUUACAGGUCGGUAGGUUGAGGACUUUUAGGAGGGAAGUAUCAGGCACCAGAGGUGCUAGUCUGUGAGAGCCAUGUACAAUGGAAUAGGACUCCCCACUCCCCGGGGCAGUGGCACCAACGGUUACGUGCAACGGAACCUCUCGGCAGUGCGUCACAAGAAGGAUCGGACUGACUACAAGUCAGAAGAGGAGCUGAGGAAACUGGAGUCAUCUUUGGUUAAAAAACCCAACCAGGACAUCCUGGAUCACGAGCGCAAAAGGAAGGUUGAGUUGAAAUGCUUAGAACUGGCUGAGCUCAUGGAAGAGCAAGGGUAUGGAGAAGGGGAGAUUCAGGAGAAAGUGGCCACUUUUCGGAUGAUGCUUCUAGAAAAAGAUGUGGCACUUGUCAAAGAGGGGGAACAGCAGCAGAAGUCUAGUAUUACAGAGACCCAUCAGCUGGCUGAGGCCAAUGAAAAGAAGAAUGAGAGACUGCGAGCUGCUUUUGGGAUCAGUGAUAGUUAUGUGGAUGGCAGCUCUUUUGACCCCAAUCGCAGGGCCAAGGAGGCGGCAACAGCUGCAGUGGCUAAACAACAGCAGGAGCAGCAGAAGCAGUACAGUCUUAUCAAAGAUUCCAGCAGUUCUAGGUCACCAUCACCAAAACAAAAGAAGAAGAAAAAGAAGAAGGACAGAGACAGGUCUGAGAGCAGAUCACCUUCUCGAAGAGAAAGGAAAAAAAGCUCAAAGAAAAAGAAACACAGAUCAGAAUCAAAGAAAAGGAAACAUAGAUCUCCAAGCCCCAAAAGCAAACACAAAUCCAAGGAAAAGAAACGGAAGAGGUCCACCAGUGAGUGUGCAUCUCAGAAAGACUGUCGGGAUCGCUCUUCCUCCCCAGAUGGCUCUUCCUCAUCAGAUGCUUCCCAUAGCAGAUCAGGCAGCCCCAUUGUUCAAAAAAGGAGCUUCCUUAGACAGCAGAGCAAGUCUCCUUUAUCAAGUUCACGAAAACAAGAAACAGAAGUGGUUUCUAAGAAUUUGGGAGAGAAAGAGCGUUCAUCUUCUGCUGAGCCUGCCCGGCGAGGCAGGAGCACAAGUCCUCGAGAAAGCAGAGAAAAGCGGGAGAAAAUAUCCAAGCAUUCUCCAGUAUGUGAGACCCUUCAGCAUUCUCCAAGUCCAUCAUCUCCUGUCAAAGAGAAAGAAAGAGAUAAGGACAGAAAGUCUGCUCGGCACGGGGGGCGAAAAUCCACCCCUUCAGUUGAGCAUGAUCCAAAGGGCAUGCAUCAUUCUCCUGUGCUGAAUGAACUUUCUCGAGAAAAACGUCUCCCUUCUAAAGAGAAGAGGUCUCCUUCCUGUUCCUCUCCAUCUACUAAGAAGCAGUCAGAAGAUCGUAAUGGGAAUCUUCCACCAUCCAAGGAUAAGGUUUCUCCUGAUAGCAAGGAGGAGCUUACAGCUUCCUCAUCUGCUUCUAAGACUGUUGAGACUAAGUUGAAGAAGAUGUCGCGUGAGGACUCUACACCUCAGCGCUCAUGUUCUCCUUCAGAGAGUGGUAGUUGCUCCUCCUCUUCCUCCUCUUCUCCUUCCCCACCAACUAAGCCUGGUCCAGUUUCUCGCAACUGUUCUCCAGAGGUCCCUCCCAAAAGACAAGAGAAGGAGAAAGCAUCUAUUCAGAGAGAGAAAUCUAGCUCAUCCCCUGAAAUCUCUCGUUCUGACCAAAAGCAGUCUUCUAAGACAUCUCUACGUGAACCAUCCAGCACCCCACCAGCUAAAGGCUCCAAAUCAAGAGCCAGUCGGAGGGACAAAUCUCUCUCUCAAACACCCACUACUCAUAGAGGUAGAUCUUGGUCCCGGACCCCACCUAAGAGAGGUAGAUCACGCACACGUACCCCACCAAGGAGGGGUAGGUCUCGUUCUCAGAGACGUGCUCGAUCCCGUUCACGUACUCCUUUGCGAAGGGGACAUUCUCGAACUCCCCAGUGGCGAGGCCGUUCGAGAACACCUCAACGAUGGGGUAGAUCACGUUCACGUACACCUCCCAGAUGGGGUCGAUCCCGUACACCUCAAAGGCGUGGUUGGUCUCGUUCUAGAACACCUCAAAGGCAUGGAUGGUCGAGAAGCAGAAAUAGUGGAAGAUGGGGCAGGUCACGAACACCGCCAAGAAGAGGGAGGUCACGUUCAAGAACACCAAGAAGAGGCAGGUCUAGAUCAAGAAGUCCCCCCAGGCGAGCAAGAUCCCGCUCCAGAACACAACCGAGAAGAGGCAGAUCAAGAACUAGGACGCCUCCCAGGAGAGGAAGGUCAAGUUCGUCUCCAAGAAGAGAAAAAUCCUUGAUUUCAGCCAGACGAAGCAGAUCUGUGUCAUCUCCAGAUCGGAAAGUAUCCAGAAUUUCUUCUAGGAGAAGUCGAUCUGAAUCAUCUUCAAGAAUGAGGGAAAGAUCUAGAAAAGUGCUAAGACGUAGUCUUUCUGCGUCCUCUCCUGAAUCAAGAAGGUUAAGACCAUCUCCCAGACGUAGUCGUUCUGGAUCACUUCCAAAAGCUAAAAAGAAAACUCGGUUGUCUCCAAGGAGGAGUCGUUCAGGUUCUUCUCCAAGGUCAAGGAAGAAAAGAUCAAGAACACCUCCAAGGCGCAGUCAUUCUUGUUCUCCAAGAGUAAAAAAGAAAUCAAGAUUAAGCAUCAGACGAAGUAGAUCCAGCUCUUCUCGAACACGAAAAAAGAAAUCUCGAUCACCUAAGCGUAGCCAAUCCAGGUCACCUCCACCCCUCAAAAACAAAACCAGAAUGUCCCCUCUGAGCAGUUCUGGUUCAUCGCCAAGGCUUACAAGGAAAUCUGAUGUUUCCUCAGUAGCUGAAGAAAAAGCUAAAAGCACUUCAAAAAGAAGUCAAUCUAGUUCCUCUCCAGCACUGCGGAAGAAAUCAAAGUCUCCUUCAAGACAUAGUAUAUCUGGGUCCUCUCCAGAACCAGAGAUGAGAUUACCAAGAAGGCGAAACAGAUCUGAGUCUUCUCCAGAAGUGAAAACAAAGCCAAGGGCAGGAUCAUCCCCAAUGCUGAAAAAGGAAAUGGGAUCAUCUCCAAGACAAAGUCGGUCUAGUUCUAGUCAGUCAUCAGCAAAGGAAAACUCCUUAUCGCCAAUACAGCGAGCAGCUUCUCCAGAAUCAAAGUCUGCAUCUCCACUGCAGCAAAGCAGAUCUGGAAGGUCUGUAGGAACAAAAGAAAAACCUAGAUCACCGCACCGAAGACAGAGCAGGUCUAGAUCACCUCCGGCUUUGAGAGAGACAUCUCUUUCUCCCCUAAGACCAAUUGCAUCUGGAUCUUCAUUAGAAAUUAAGAAGAAAUCUUCACCACUGGAUAAAUGCAAAAAUGAAUCCUUGGAGUUAAAGAAGAUUAGGUCAUCUCCAAGGCAAAGCACAUCUGGCUCUUCUCCAAUGACCAAAGAGCAGUCAAGAUCACCUCCCAGGACCAAGUCAAGAUACUCUCCUGAGAUGACAAAAUCUUCACCUUUGAAGCAAGUCCGAUGUGGACUGUCCCCUCAGGCAGUGAAAGAAAAAUCUCCCUCCAGGAGAAGUGAAUCCAGAUCAUCUCCUGAAGUAAAUGGCAAAUCUAAAACUCCUCCAAAGCAAAAUAAAUUCCAAGAAGUGAAAACAAAAUCUGGAUCUUCUCCAGGGCACAACAAAUCCAGUUCCAUGACAGAAAUGGAAAGUGCUUCACUUCCAUGCCAAAAGAGUAAAUCAGGUUCAUCUCUCUCUGGAAAAGAAAAAAUGCAAUCUUCCUCAAGACAAAUGCCAUCUGAGUCAUCACCAGUACUUAAAAAAAUAGAUAUUCCAUCAAGGCGGAGUAGAUCUGGAUCUUCCUCUUCCUCUUCUUCUUCCUCCUCCUCCUCCUCUUCCUCCUCCUCUUCCUCUUCUUCCUCCUCUUCCUCCUCCUCUACUUCUUCAUCAACAUCUCCAGAAGAUGAUAAAUCUCAGUCACCUCCCAGACUUAGUCGCUCUGCGGGAUUGUCGGUCAACAUGAAUAAAUCCAUUUCAUCCCCAACACAAGGCAAAGCAUAUUCUUCUCCAGAACCAGAGAACAGCACAUUUGUAACUGUUACGAAGCACAAUAGACCUGGAUCUUCUCCAGAAACUUCUAAAGUGUCAGUGAUGGGGCCCAGAUUACCCUUAGAGAAGAAAGGGGCAUUUAAAGAGGCAUCCCGAAGAAGUAGAUCAGGUUCUUAUACUGGGAUUAAAGAGAAGCCAAAAAUGCACUCUAGUGAGAGCAGUUCAGAUUCUUCCCCAGAAUGGAAAGAAAAAUCUGAGAGCAGAUCUGUGUCACCACCCAGACCAAGAAUAAAAUCAAAAACACCUCCAAGACGUAGAAUAUCCAGGUCACCACCUAGAUCUAGACCAAAAUCCAAAAGUCCUCCAAAGUUUGGCAGGUCAGGGUCUCCACCAAGACCUAAGUUGAAGUCCAGAACACCUCCAAGACGACGUAGGUCUGGCUCAUCUCCUAGACCCAGAAUAAAGUCUAGAACACCUCCCAGACGACGUAGAUCUGGGUCAUCCCCAAGGUCCCAAAUAAAAUCCAGAACACCAGUUCGACAUCACUACAGAGCUGGAUCAUCUCCAAGACCUAGAAGGAAAUCUAAAACCCCUCCACGACGACGUAGAUCUGGAUCACGGGCAAGAGAAAAAUCUAAAACACCAGUUACAAGAAGACGGAGAUCUGUAUCACCAGUGAGUCCUAGACGCAAAUCUCGAACACCUCCAAGACGUGGACGGUCCAGAUCACUCUCCAGAGAAAAAUCAAGCACCAGCACACAUCCACAUUGGUCUGAGUCAUCAUCCUAUGGUGACAGACCCAGAACUUCUUUGCGACAAGAAAGAUCUGGCUCUCCCUCCUGGAGGAGUUGCUCCCGUUCACUCUCCAGGCGGCGAGAUAAAUCUCGGGGUUCAUUGCGGAGGGAACGGUCAACUUCUUCUCCAGCUAGAAGCUGCUCAAGAUCCUCUUCUUGUCAGGAGAAAUCUAAACUACCACACAGAGGUCAUUCCCAAUCGCCAGUACAGAUGUUGCAAUUAUCCCCUGCAACAAGUCGGAAUGCAUCCCGUUCACCUCCCAGAUUAGAUGCAUCACGUGUAACAGCAUCAUAUAAAGGCAUUGGGUCCAGAGUAUCCCCUGAUUGUCAGUUUUCUCCUAUGAGGAAGCAUUCCAGAUCAGGCUCCCAGGAAGCCUGCACAUCUCCAGGAAGAAAGUCUCGCUCUCCUCCUGUUCUAGAGAGAUAUCCCAAGUCUGACCUCCAAGAAAAGCCAGCAAGCUCCUCUCUUUGGCACAGCAAAAACAACAUUGCUAUUCCUUGUGCUUUAACUCCACCUUGUGAGGAAUCUCCUAAAUUGCAAAAGGCCCUCUCUCCUGAUCCAUCCAUGCUACAUGACUUAGCUCCAGUGUCAAAGAAUGGUGACUCCAAAGCCAUCCGAAACAGCCAAGGAGAUAGGAAUCAGAGCAUGCACCAAGCUAUAAUUAAAGAUGAUGCAGGGAUUGGUGCACCUUUAUCGGGGAGAAGUAGUUCUCAUGCAGGCUCUGUCUCUCCUGUAAAAGCUAAAUUGUCAUCCCGCUCCUCUUCCUCCUCUUCCUCCUCUUCCUCUUCUGCUUCCUCCUCCUCUUCUGCUUCUUCAAGCCCCUUACCAGCAUUGAUUUCUGUCCUAGUCCCAUCCCCCAAAGAAGAGGAGAUUGUAUCUGAAGGAAAAGUAGCAGAUAGAUCUGAGGUGCACUUACCUACCCUUGAGGCUGAGUCGCAGUUGGCUUCUGUCCCCAUGGAGGAUGACACCAGGAGUAGCUGUCCCACAGUCCUACAACUUGCUCUUCCCUCUCCUCCACCUUCUGCCCCUUUGAAGGCAAAGAGAAGUUCAUCUGCUUCAUCUACCAGUUCAUCAUCAUCUUCGUCUUCCUCCUCAUCCUCAUCUUCUUCGACUUCUGAUUCCGAGUCCAGCUCAUCUGAGUCCAGUCCCCAUGAUCAGGCAGCGAAGGAUCUUGAGGCUGAGAUUGAACUGAAACAGCCACCAUGCCCAGUGCUGAAAGAGUCUAAAAGUGAUGAGCAACCUGUAAAAACGGGCAAACGCAAGUGCCGUUCUCAAAGCUCAAGCAGUUCAAGCAGCAGCUCUUCCUCUUCUUCAUCCUCCUCUUCUUCAGCUUCUUCCUCUUCCUCCUCUUCAUCAUCUUCAUCAUCUUCCUCCUCAACGCCAUUGCCUAAAACAGGACUCCAGGCAGUGAUGAAGGGCCCUCCGAAGAAGAAACCCUCUCCAGAGAAGAGAAAGUCACGCAGCCCUAGAAAACCAAUUGAUUCAUUGAGAGAUUCGCGCUCUCUGAGCUACUCCCCAGCAGAACGGCGUCAGAUUUCCCCUCCUCCUGCCCAACCCCCCUCUGCUCCAAGGGAUCGACGUAGAGACAGGUCUAGGGAUAGGUCCCUGCAGAGAAACAGACAAAGCAUCAGCAGGUCUCCAGGACGAAAACGGCGACGCAAAUCUCCGAGUCCCCGAGCUCCUCGUCGCAGAACUUCAAGGUCCCCAUAAGCCUUUUGGAGAGCGGAAAGUCCUUGUCCUCGCAACCACAAACUGCGCCACCCCCAGCCUCCAGUGCUGUUCCAGGUGGGAGCCCCCCACCUCCUGAUGUCCACUGGAAACCAGUGUGUUUGCAUGGGGGGGGGGGAGUGGAGGUUUAUUCAUUUGCCAUCACCUUUAUAUUCGCAUUAGUUUUUUUCUUUUACUGUCCCUAUCUUUAUUGCCCGUCAUUUGUCGGCAGCUACAUUCCCCUUGUCCCUGGACAUUUCUGCUCAACACCCACCAGGAUCCACAGCCUCUAUGCUCCUCUUCCUCUUCUCCCAACAGUUGGUGAUGUUCAUUUGAUUUUUUUCCCCUCUCCUGUAAGCAUUUUUUCCCCUGUGCGUUUUGCAGCUAAAAUCUUCUGUGUUUUGAGAGCUGUCUCUUUUUUUGUUGAUUUAGACUUAAAAGGUUUUUAAACAAACCACACAAUGGGUGGGUGGGAAGUAGAGGGAUAUGUGAUCUAAUCUGUUCGAUUUAGUGUUUCUCAGACCCCCCCCCCCCCCGGAAAUGGUGGAGGGUUGUAAUAAAAAGUUGGAGCGCAUGUUACCAACCCAGAAUUAGAUGGAAGGCAGUGCUAUUUAGUUGCUACUUCGUUUCCCACUGUUUCUAUCAAGAUUCCCUGAUGAAAAACAGGCAGUUUCUUUCUGUAGCCUGCAACAGUGGAGCUGAUUCUUGGUGGUGGUAAAAUUGAGGGUUAAACUAUUCCUGCUCCUCCCCCCCCUCCCCCCCCGAACAAAAUAAAUUUAAUAUGCAGUGCUCUUUUUCCUUUUUAUUCUUCCCUCAAAGGAUAUUCUUUCAUAUUGAUCAGCUGAGCCAGGUCGUGAGGGGUUAAGUUUGGAACUGGAACAGGGGCAUUCAGGCAUUUUAGGGGGAAGAUGACUGAAAUUUUGCUGAGAAGAAGCUGAGAAACCCUAAAUCAGGGAGGGUGGGAACAGAAGUUUCUUCAUAUUUCUUAAAAGCAUUUAAUUUUUUUUUGAUAUGUACAGCAAGGAGAUUUUUUCUGUCAAAUAAACUUACGAAAUGCAAAA